UUCAUUCACUGCUUCCUUUCGCGCCGGGUAACCGGAGAGCCGUGCGUCCAUGUGCGCAGUGACUGGGAACUGAUAGACCUCUGAAAAAUUAAAAUCCGAGCCGCAAACAGAGUUUUCGCAAUGGAUCCCGAGUCUUUGGUCGAGGCCCUUCGGGGCACGAUGGACCCCAACCUGCGGGAAGCCGCGGAGCGACAGCUGCACGAGGCUCACACCCAGGUGAACUUCAUGUCCACUCUGCUGCGCAUCACCAUGUCCGAUCAGCUGGAUCUGCCAGUCCGGCAAGCAGGUGUGAUUUACCUUAAGAACAAGAUCAUCCAGCACUGGAGCGACGGCGAGGUUGCUGGCACAGAGCCGCACGUCAACAACAUCCCAGAGGAAGACAGGCAGUUCAUUCGAGACGGCAUAGUAGAGGCAAUCAUCCAGUCCCCCGAGCGCAUCAGAGUCCAGCUGACGACGUGCAUUCACCACAUCAUCAAGCACGACUACCCCGGGAAGUGGACGAGCAUCGUGGACAAGAUCGGCUUCUACCUGCAGUCCGACAACAGCUCCGCCUGGCUGGGCAUCCUGCUCUGCCUGUACCAGCUCACCAAAAACUACGAAUACAAGAAGCCAGAGGAGAGGCAGCCUCUGGUGGCAGCCAUGCACAUCUUCAUGCCCAUGCUGAAGGACCGCUUCAUCCAGCUGCUCCCGGACCACUCAAACGAGUCGGUCCUCAUACAGAAACAGAUCUUCAAAAUUCUCUACGCCCUCUUUCAGUAUAACCUCCCUCUGGAGCUCAUCAACAGACAGAUUCUGACAGAGUGGAUGGAGAUCCUGAAGACAGUGGUGGACCGAGACGUGCCUCCGGAGACGAUGCAGAUCGAUGAAGAUGAGCGACCUGAGCUGCCUUGGUGGAAAUGUAAGAAGUGGGCCCUUCACAUCUUGGCUCGCCUAUUCGAGAGGUACGGCAGUCCUGGUAACACGACCAAAGAGUACGUGGAGUUUGCCGAACUGUUCCUGAAGGAAUACGCCGUGGCCGCCCAGCAGGUGCUGCUUAAAGUCUUAUACCAGUACAAGGAAAAGCAAUAUGUGGCUCCCAGAGUUCUCCAACAGACGCUGAACUAUGUCAACCAGGGAAUCGCCCACGCUCUGACCUGGAAAAGCCUCAAACCACACAUCCAGGGCAUCAUUCAGGAUGUGGUUUUCCCCCUCAUGUGUUACACAGAUUCCGACGAGGAGCUCUGGCAGGAGGAUCCGUACGAGUACAUCCGCAUGAAGUUCGACGUGUUCGAGGACUUCAUCUCGCCGACCACAGCCGCCCAGACGCUGCUUUUCACCGCCUGCAACAAGAGGAAAGAGGUCCUGCAGAAGACGAUGGGCUUCUGCUACCAGAUUCUCACCGAUCCCAGUUCUGACCCCAGGAAAAAGGACGGCGCCCUUCAUAUGAUUGGCUCCCUGGCUGAAAUCCUGCUGAAGAAAAAGAUCUACAAAGACCAGAUGGAGUUCAUGCUGCAGAAUCACGUCUUCCCCCUUUUCCGCAACGAACUGGGCUACAUGAGAGCCAGGGCCUGCUGGGUGCUGCACUACUUCUGCGAGGUGAAGUUCAAAAGCGACCAGAACCUGCAGACGGCCCUGGAGCUGACCCGGAACUGCCUCAUCAACGACAACGAGAUGCCCGUAAAGGUGGAGGCGGCCAUCGCGCUGCAGGUUCUCAUCAGCAACCAGGAGAAAGCCAAAGAGUACAUAGCUCCCUACAUUCGGCCGGUGAUGCAGGCUCUCCUGCACAUCGUCAGGGAAACGGAGAACGACGACCUCACCAACGUCAUCCAAAAGAUGAUCUGCGAGUACAGCGAGGAGGUCACGCCCAUCGCCGUGGAGAUGACGCAGCACUUGGCGAUGACGUUCAACCAGGUGAUUCAGACGGGCCCCGAUGAGGAGGGAGGCGACGAUAAAGCGGUGACGGCCAUGGGCAUCCUCAACACCAUCGACACGUUGCUAAGCGUGGUGGAGGACCACAAAGAGAUCACCCAGCAGCUGGAGGGCAUCUGUCUGCAGGUCAUUGGCACCGUCCUGCAGCAGCACGUGUUGGAGUUUUACGAGGAGAUCCUGUCCCUGGCGCACACCCUGACCUGCCAGCAAGUGUCGCCACAGAUGUGGCAGCUUCUUCCUCUCGUGUACGAAGUCUUCCAGCAAGACGGCUUCGAUUACUUUACAGAUAUGAUGCCUCUCCUUCACAACUACGUCACAGUGGAUACAGACACCCUCCUGUCGGACACCAAAUAUCUGGAGAUCAUCUAUAGCAUGUGCAAAAAGGUCCUGACCGGCGAUCCAGGCGAGGAUCCAGAGUGCCACGCCGCCAAGCUGCUGGAGGUGAUCAUCCUGCAGUGCAAAGGCCGCGGCAUCGAUCAGGUCGUGCCCCUGUUCGUCGGCACGGCGUUGGAGCGCCUGACGCGGGAGGUAAAGACCAGCGAGCUGAGGACCAUGUGCCUGCAGGUGGCCAUCGCCGCCCUCUAUUACAGCCCCCCUCUCCUCCUCAACACGCUAGAGAACCUGCGCUUCCCCAACAGCACCGAGCCCAUCACCAACCACUUCAUCACUCAGUGGCUCAAAGACGUCGACUGCUUCCUAGGCCUCCACGACAGGAAGAUGUGCAUCCUGGGGCUGUGCGCGCUCAUCGACCUCGCUAACAGGCCUCUGGCGGUCAACCAGGUGGGCGGGCAGAUUCUCCCCGCGGCCAUCCUCCUCUUCAGCGGCCUGAAGAGGGCGUACGCCUGCCGAGCAGAGCACGAGAAUGACGAAGACGACGGCGAAGACGGAGAGGAAGAGGAUGACAACGCGGAGCUGGGAAGCGACGAGGACGACAUCGACGAGGAGGGCCAGGAGUACCUGGAGAUGCUGGCCAAGCACGCAGGGGAGGACGGAGACGACGAAGACUGGGAGGACGACGACGCCGAGGAGACGGCGCUCGAGGGCUACACUACAGCAGUAGACGACGAGGAUAACCUAGUGGACGAGUAUCAGAUCUUUAAAGCCAUACUACAGAAUAUCCAGACCCGCGACCCGGCGUGGUACCAGGCACUAACGCACAGCCUCGACGAGGAGCAGCGCAAGCAGCUUCUGGAGAUCGGCACGCUUGCAGACCAGAGGCGGGCGGCACACGAGUCCAAAAUGAUCGAGAAGCACGGCGGGUACAAGUUCACAGCGCCGGUGGUGCCAUCUACUUUCAACUUCGGAGGCACGGCUCCAGGAAUGAAUUGAGUCAUCUACUUUUUUUUUUUUUUUUUUUUUCCUUUCUUUUUUUUUUUUUUUAUUACUCUGUGACUGAUUGUAGUGAAGUGAAAAAACAAGACGAAAAACAAAAAAAAAACGCUUGUGUUGUUCCCUUAAAUAGUAGUUCCAGAACUGGUUCUUCUGAGUCAUUCUUCAACCUGCCUGAUGGGGAAAUAGCACCAGAAGAUGUGUGAGGAGGAGGAGGGGAGGAGGGGGGGGGGGAGCAACUAAAAUGCAACCGAUGGCUCAGGAAACCAAACCAAGAACUUGAGUGCGAUGCAAGAGAAGAAGCUCUGAACAAUGCUGUCACCUGGAGCCCUGAGACGGGCGUCUCCUUCGUAUUUUCUUCCCCCCUGAGACAAAAAAUAGGGAGGGGGGGGGGGGGUUACCUGACAUAAUUGAUAAUGGGACGAAAUAUUUCAUUAUCACUGUCGUGGCUGUGGUAAGAUUAUACCUCUGGUAGUGGUGAAAUCGCCGUAACUCUGCAUAAACAAACAGGUUUAUGUACAUAUAAGCCAAGGCUGGAGAUAUUUUUUUUUCCAAGUAGCCUUGGAGGGGGGGAAAUGACCAGAGAAUUUUUUUUUUCUUUUUUCUUUUUUUUUUUUUUUUUAAGGUAUCAACAGCUGUAUUCAUAUGUAGCAUAUUGGAUAAUUCAUAGCGCUAUGUGAUGCCUGAUCUCUGUAAAUUAAUAACUAGCACUUUCAUAUUGUUCAGGUCUUCUAGCCUUCUGUAUCAGACUGCAAAUUUUUUUUUUUUUUAAUUCAAGACUAUUUAAAAAAAUGGGGGGAGAAAAAAAAAACAGGCUGUAACUUUGUUACUUUGCAUGUAUUAACAGCUGAUUAACAAUGCAUCUGGUUUGAGUGAAUCAGUUGCACAGAUGAAUUUCAGGAGGAGGAGGAGGAGGCUUUUUGGUGUUCAGUAUGGCUACAGGACAAGUGUUUGUCAGCACUGGACGUGCUGUUGGAUACGUCAUCGAAGCAUGUACAAUUCAACUUAUCGUGAAGGUCUCAAGCUUUUGGUUGGUGUAUGGAUGAGCCAUCUAUAUAUACAACAUAUUAAAAAAAAAAGAAGCUAAGGGAGUCAUGUUUUGGCUGUUUAUUUCACCAUUCUUCGGGGAUUUAAAGAUCCCACAGUCCCUUAUAUUGUAUACAUGCUCGCCAAAUUUUAUUUUCUGUCUAUACUGGUAAAAUUAUAUUAGGGGGGAAAAAAAUCUGAUUUUUCUGUUAUUAUUCAGCCAAAAAGUCAAACAUUGAUCAUGGAGAUCUGUUUUAAGCAUUUUUUUUAUUUAGAAGAGUUUGUAACUAAUGAAAACCAAGAAUUUUUCUCAGAAACGGGAAAGUUAGGUGGAAGGAAAAACUGAGGAAGAAGCAAUAGGGCAAAUGGCUUGCUUGCUGCUAAUGGCUAAUGAAAGCCCAAACUUCGUUUUAACACAAAUUUUGAUCAUUACCUGUGUGACCCUCCUGAACGAUGGCCCUCAAGGCCCGUGGUACGGCAUUGUUUUAGAUGUUUAUCUGUUCAGAAGGAAUUGACUACGGUGGCCUGCGAAAGUAUUCAACCCCCUUGACAUUUUUCAUGUUUUGUUGCCUCACAACCUGGAAUUAAAGUGGAUUGUUUGAGA